GUCUUUCAUAUAGGGAGGACUUGUAUAUUGUUUCAGAUCGUCACGAUGGUAUUAUACAUGCAGCAAAAGUGGUGUUUCCGCAUGAUGAACAUGGCUACUGUGCGUACCAUAUCCUAGGAAAUAUUAGAUCAAAGUUCAAGGGCUCUACUACAGGUCUUGAAUGGAAGUUUAAUCAAGCUGCUAGGGCUGCCACUCCUACUCAAUUUGAAGAGUAUAUGGCUUUAUUAAAUGCAGAAGAUCCUCGUAUCCGUGAUUAUUUGAAUGAAAUAGGUGUUGAGAAAUGGGCUCGCUGUUUUGCUACUCGUUCUAGGUAUUCUAUAAUGACAUCUAACAACGCCGAGUCAGUGAAUUCAGUGGACCGUGUGCCUCGUGAGUAUCCUAUAGCAAAACUGAUAGACUUCUUGCAGGGAAGGAUGCAAAAAUGGUUUUGUGAACGUCGUGAUUUUUCAUCAAGUUGUAAAACAAUUCUGUCUGCCCAUUUUGAAUCUCAACUUCGUUCUUAUCAUGCUGAGGCAGCUCUUAUGAGUGUCAAUCCUGCUAGUCAAUAUGAAUUUGAAGUGGUGGACAAAACAUCGAGAAGCUUUGUUGUUAAUUUGAAAGACAAGACAUGCUCAUGUUGUGAAUUUCAACUUGAUCACUUUAUAUGUGUACAUGGAGUUGCGGUUGUAGGUCAUCGUCGAGGUUUAUCGUGCUAUGAUUACAUCUCAAAGUUUUAUUUCACACGUGAGUGGGUUGCUGCUUAUAUAGGCGAAGUUAACCCUCUUGGUUCUCGUUGUGAUUGGGGUGUUCCUGCCUCUGUGGCAUCUGAAAUCUGCAAGCCACCUGCGUGCCUCACACGCCAACCGGGUAAACCUAAGAAGAAGCGUAUUCCUUCAAUUGGAGAGUUUGGUUCCAAGCAGCGGUGUACACGGUGUAAGAAAGGCGGCCACAAUAAGAAGUCUUGCAGAAAUCCUAUCCCAGUCUGUGCUUCAUAGUUUUUUGUUCUUUUGUUAUUCAUACUGACUUUAUUGAUUGUUAAAAUGCAACCAAGUUGUUGCUGUGAUGAACAUUAUUGUCUACUUAUGUACUACGUAAUGUCUAC